AGCUGUUGAUUUACAAUGCAGAUUCAUCGGUCCUCGCCUGCCUGCCCCUGCCCCUCCUAAAUUUGGCUGGGAUAUAAGAGGCUGUUUGCUUUCUGAUGCCAACAGUGGCAAUGGCAGAGUGCCCUGCCAUGUGAGAGACAGAGAUAGAGGAGAGGGGGCCAAGGAGGAGCAAACUGUGCAGCUGCUCUUGCCUCUAGUAGCUGAGGAGCACAUCGACGGGACAGAAUGUCAAUGCUUACCCCUGUCUUGCAGCCUGCGGAGGUGAAGGAGUAUUUAUCCAAGGGCGAGCGCUUCAUCAAAUGGGAUGAUGAAACAGCAAGUGCUGCUCCUGUGAUUCUUCGAGUGGAUCCAAAGGGCUUUUACUUAUACUGGACCUAUCAGAAUAAGGAAAUGGAAAUUUUGGAUAUAACCAGCAUCCGAGAUACCAGAGUAGGACGAUUUGCUAAAAUCCCCAAGUGCCAGAAGCUCCGAGAGGUUUUUAACUUGGAUUAUCCUCACAGCACCUUCCUGCUUAAGACUCUGACUAUUGUGUCUGGCCCUGACAUGGUUGACCUCACUUUCCAUAAUUUUGUGUCCUACAAGGAGAAUGUUGGCAAGAACUGGGCUGAGGAUAUUAUGGCCAUCGUUCGGAAUCCCCUCACAUACAACGCUUCUCGGUACACCUUUCUAGAGAAAAUCCUGGUGAAGCUGAAGAUGCAGCUUAAUGCAGAGGGGAAGAUUCCUGUCAGGAAUAUUUUUCAGAUGUUUCCUGCAGACAGGAAGAGGGUGGAAGCAGCAUUAAGCGCUUGUCAUCUUCCAAAGGGCAAGAAUGAUGCCAUCAACCCAGAGGAUUUCCCUGAGACCGUGUAUAAAACUUUCCUCAUGAAUCUGUGUCCACGGCCUGAGAUUGAUGAGAUAUUUACCUCACACCAUUUAAAAGCAAAGCCCUACAUGACCAAAGAGCACUUGGCAAAGUUUAUCAACAAGAAGCAACGAGACUCUCGCCUCAAUGAUGUCCUUUUCCCACCAGCCAAACCUGAGCAGGUGCAGAGCCUGAUAGAGAAGUAUGAACCCAGUGGGAUUAACAUCCAGAGAGGGCAGCUGUCUCCAGAGGGGAUGGUCUGGUUUCUCUGUGGCCCUGAGAACAAUGUGGUAGCAUUGGACAAAUUGGUGCUGUACCAGGACAUGACCCAGCCGCUCUCACACUACUUCAUCAAUUCAUCACACAACACAUAUUUAACAGCUGGACAGUUUUCUGGUAUCUCCUCUCCUGAAAUGUAUCGCCAGACGCUGCUGGCUGGCUGCCGCUGCGUGGAACUGGAUUGCUGGAAGGGCCGUCCCCCGGAUGAGGAGCCGAUCAUCACUCAUGGGUUCACCAUGACAACUGAGAUCCUCUUCAAGGAUGCCAUUGAGGCCAUUGCGGAAAGUGCUUUUAAGACAUCUCUCUACCCUGUCAUCCUGUCCUUUGAGAACCACGUGGACUCGCCCAAGCAGCAGGCGAAGAUGGCUGAGUACUGCCGGACCAUAUUUGGAGAUAUGCUGCUGACAGAGCCACUGGACAAAUACCCACUGAAGCCAGGAGUUCCUCUGCCAAGUCCUAAGGAUCUCUUAGGGAAAAUCUUGAUUAAGAACAAAAAGAACCAAUCUAUAUCUGGGAAGAGGCAGAACUCUUUGAAGAAAGGGAAGAAUGUGGAACCAGAAGUCAUCGAGCAGCCAACUCUUAUGGAUGCUGAAGAUACCGUCUGGGCAGGUGAUGUGGCUGAAGAGGAACCAGAGGAAGAGGAUGAACAUGUCGGAAACCUGGAUGAAGAGGAAAUUAAAAAGAUGCAGUCAGAUGAGGGCACUGCUGGUUUGGAAGUGACAGCGUACGAGGAGAUGUCCAGCCUUGUUAACUAUGUACAGCCUAUCAAAUUUGACUCCUUUGAAGUCUCUGCCCAGAAGAACCGGAGUUACGUCAUCUCUUCCUUCACAGAGCUGAAGGGUUAUGAUCUACUAACCAAGUUCCCUGUGCAGUUCGUAGAAUAUAACAAGCGGCAGAUGAGCCGGAUUUACCCCAAAGGCACCCGGAUGGACUCCUCUAAUUACAUGCCCCAGAUGUUCUGGAAUGUCGGCUGUCAGAUGGUGGCACUCAACUUCCAGACCAUGGAUGUCCCCAUGCAGCAGAACAUGGCUCUGUUUGAAUUCAAUGGCCAGUGUGGCUAUCUGCUCAAGCAUGAAUUCAUGCGGCGUCCAGACAAGCAGUUUGACCCCUUCUCUGUGGACCGCAUUGAUGUGGUGGUGGCAAGUACCCUGUCUGUCACGAUACUCUCCGGUCAGUUCCUCUCAGACCGCAGUGUGAAGACAUAUGUGGAAGUAGAGCUGUUUGGGUUGCCAAGGGACACAAAACGCAAAUACAGAACAAAAGUGACCUCCACUGCCAAUUCCAUUAACCCUGUAUGGAAAGAGGAGGCAUUUGUUUUUGAAAAGAUCAUGAUGCCUGAGUUGGCGUCUCUCAAAAUUGUGGCUUGGGAGGAAGGAGGGAAGUUCAUUGGUCAUCGUGUCAUUCCCGUUAUUGCAGUGCACCCAGGUUAUCACCACGUUUGUCUCCGCAGCGAGAGCAACAUGCCGCUCACCAUGCCUUCUCUAUUUGUGUACCUGGAAAUAAAGGACUACGUUCCUGAUGCUUGGGCAGAUCUGACUAUUGCUCUCUCCAACCCCAUUAAGUUCUUCAGUCUGCAAGACAAGAAAUCAGUUAAGCUAAAAGAUGGCUCGGUGGAGAGGCUUGGCACACAGAGGAACUUCCCAUCUGCUGAAACUAAUGGGACACCAGACUCCACUGGGAAAUUCAGCAUUCCUUUUUCAAAUGGGCCUGCAGGAGCAGGAGCGUUUGCCAAGGACGAAAAUGUGACAGAAGUGACACAGAUUGCAGAGCCUCAGACAGCCAGCCUCGCAGAACUGCAGCAGAUGAAACUCUUUCUGAAGCUGCUGAAGAAGCAGGAGAAGGAACUGAGGGAGCUGGAGCGGAAAGGAAGUAAACGGAGGGAGGAACUGCUGCAGAAAUAUUCUGUACUCUUUUCGGAACCUGUCUGCUAUGGAGGCAGGAAAAGGGUGAUGCACUGUAGGAAAACCCAGAAGAAGAGGAGUUUGACAACAGGUGACGUUGGUACAUACACAGAUCCUGUAGAAAUGGUGGAAGGAAUUGAUAGCCGAGUUUUGGAACUGAGAGAGAGGCUGGAGAUGGACCUCAUCCAGCUGGGGGAGGAACACCAUGAUGGGAUUCGAAGAAAGAAAGAGCAGCAUGCCACAGAGCAAGUUACCAAGAUAAUAGAGCUAGCCAGAGAGAAGCAGACAGCUGAGCUGAAGGCACUGAAGGAGUCAUCAGAAAGCAAUAUUAAAGACAUUAAGAAGAAGCUGGAGGCAAGGAGAGUGGACCGAAUCCAAGCCAUGAUGAGGAAUACCAGUGACAAGGCUGCUCAGGAGAGGUUGAAGAAAGAAAUUAAUAACUCUCACAUUCAGGAAGUGGUGCAAACAAUCAAACUGGUGACAGAAAAGACAGCCAGGUAUCAGCAGAAACUGGAAGAGAAGCAGGCAGAUAAUCUGAGAACAAUCAAGGAGAAAGAAAGCCAGCUCCAGCAGGAAGCACUGGCAGAGUAUGAAGAGAAACUGAAAACUCUGAAUAUGGAGGUGCAGGAGGUGGUGAAGAACUAUGCAAAAGCAGGCUUUCCUGGAGAGCCAGAGACUCAGAAGGAAGCAGCUCAGAGCGUUCCUGAGGGAGAACAAGGCUUGGCAGAACAACUGGAAGAAAAGAUCCCAGUGGCAGAGGUGUCAAGGCUUACAGUAGCCAUGCCUGCACACCCAGGAGCUGAAACGGAUGUCGAGAUUGAAGCAAGCAUAUUCUAAGAGACACUUCCCUUACUGCUCCACUUCAAAAAGGUUUCUGGAGGUAUACAGUGAAGUUAAAGACCAGCUUGAAAAACUACUACUGUCCCUUUCCACUCUGGGGAACUCCUGAAAUCCUUCAGGAAUUUACUACUUUAUUAUCCUAGGUAUUGGAAGUAGUCUGAAGAGAUCACCCUUCAGAGUGCUUCACUCUUCCACACCUUAGCACUAAGGUAUUUAAGCAGCAUGAAAGGGCCUGUAGCUGAGCAUGAGCUAGUUGUUGGCAUUCACAGUAGCAUCUACAUUAAUAUUUUAGCCUGGAUUCAGACUUCCAUUUUUACAGUAAGUUCCCUCAUCAUUCAUCACAUGCAUCUCCACAUCAGAGUAGUCUCAGAGCUAAAUCCCUCUGAAGGAAAUUUAACAGAGACACUCUCCAGUAGCCCACCUGCUAUGCUCCCACCAGCUGAGAGCUAGCCCGGAAUAAAGUCACCCGAAAUACAUGUAAGUGGGGGUGGCAGGGGCUCAGCAAAAGCUGUUUCCCUCUAAAGCACUGUUCCUUCUGGCAACAGCACCUGCUAAUGCAGACACAGCCUCUGGUGAGAGGAGGGAAGGUCAGUUUGGUAGAACCUCCACCCAUUUCUGUCAGCACACCACUUCCCUGUACCACCAGUGCUGGCUUUUUAAUUGCCCACCCCCCCCCCCCCCAGUCAGCUGAGGACACUUUUCAGUACUCUGGUAUCCACACAACAUAAACCAGCAUUUCCUCUGUGGAAAUGUACAUUACCACAGUGUAGCUUUUCUUCUUUUUUUUUCUAACAUCUCCUUAUUCCCAGGGGCUGGUUCUCACUCCCAAGUCUAACUUUGAGUCUCCCAGGCCUUCAGGCAAGUUCUCAGAUCUGGAUCUGUAUCUCCUAAAGACCCUGCCAAUUACAAGGCAUAUUAUGAGGAGUUCCAGCUACCACACACACACUUGCAGAGUUCUCAUCUACACCGAUUCGACAUUUCUAGAGCUUUACUGAAACUUCUUUUCAUGAGGCUAAAUUAGUUCUAUGUUAUGGGCUUAGGAUAACAACUGUUAACAAUUUCUAAACUGUGUGAAAAGUAAUGUUGUUGCUCAGAUAACAAGCUAGCCAGCUCUAUUGCCCAGACAAUUCCCCUACACAGAAAGCUGAGUAUGGCUCCUCAGAAAACACAUUGAAUUAUCCAUUCAAGUAGCAGAAAGCAGUUCUCCAGUGCUGCUUCUACAUGAUGCCAUCCCAGUUAAUGACAACAGAGGGCUCAGCACUGAGCUGUAGAAUCUGUUCCUUGCUGCUGGGAAAACCGAACUCCUCAAAGAUCCAUGUUCAUUAGGACCUUGGGGGGAGGCCUACACACUACUGGUGUUCACUCUCCCUUUGCAGGAGUACUGCACACAUCUUCCCUCAGAGCUUUACUCACUUCCCAUUUCUUCAUGAAGCACGUGCACCUGUAACAGCACUUCCCCCCUCGGUGACAGAACAGGUGAGUUCUAUGCCCAGCCAUAGGACUUUGAAGGGCAAAUGGUCCUCAGCCUCCGUUAGCCCUAGCACAUACUUUGUGCUGUCUGUCUGCACUAACACCAAACCUUCCAGCAGACACACCUGGAGGUCUGUGUUCCCAAUAUCUUGUUCUUGUCUUGCAACAGAAGGGGAGGUUCCUCUUUACCAUCUUUAAGCUUCUACUUUCUAGGACAGCAAAGCCUCAUUCUGUGAAUGCAGAACUUGCAUCAGUGUCCACUUGCCACACACAAUCUCACCUGUGUUACAACCUUGUGCACUGAACAGCUUUGACACAGUGAGUUCUUACUCAUCCAACAGGAAGGAACUGGAAACAUAUGGCCCAGCUCUUUUCCUAGCACCAGUUAAGACAGACUUUGCUUAUGGAUCCUAAAAAAGCAGGAAAUAGCAAUAAUUCAGUACAGAUCAGCCACAUCCCAGCCUUCCUCCUAUCGUGUCCUGAAAUAACAUUAGCCCAAGAAUUGCAGGUUGGCCUGCCAAAAUAUCUGCACCAGGGACCCUGCAAAAUCAGGCACUUGUGGUCACCCGAUGUCACAAGUGGAGGGGGAGGAAGUGACCUGACACCCCCAAAAAAAAGGUCAAAUCUCAGUCAUACACCUGUAAAUAGCAAGUGAUGGAAGAAGAUACAUUUAAGAAUACAAAAGGAAAUGGGAACUGCAACUGUUUUAUUACAAAUGUUUAUCCUAGAGCUAAGAUACUGUAGGUCAAAUCCUCCAAAUUGUUCAAGGAAACAAAAAAACCCCUAAAUGCUGCUGAAGAAAAAUGGGGAGGAUGGGACCCCUAAACCUCAACCUGCAGUUGAGCAGAUCUGUGGCUGCUCCAAGUCUUAGCACCAGCAGCCUGGAGAACCUUGUGCUGAUGAACCUCUCCAUGGAUUUAUUUGGCCAUCAAGCCCCUUUUUAUUGCUACCUCACAGGGCUGCAGGGGGUUGAGUGUCUUUAAAUGCAGCCAUAGAAGAGAAACCUGUGAGACCACAGUUUUAAAAAGGAGCUUCUUCCACCCUCUUGCUAUUAAAUAAGAUCUUUGCCCUUAAUUUGAGACAAUACUAGAAGAAAUGUGUUCCUGACUGCAGGAACAACAGUCUCUCUCCCCAAAAUUUUAAGUGCGUGCCAUCCUGCAGUGUAAUCUAAUAAAGUCCCCACUCAUCCCUCAACUUGUUCUUCAAGUUUCUGUCUUUUCUGGAAAAGUGAGCUCAGUCACGGCAAAGCUACAGCAUGCAGGGGUUGUUACAUGAGAACAGUUACACCUAGAAACUGCAAUGAUAAAUGCAUUCUGAAAUGCUGCUAUAAAAAAAUAAAAAGAAACCAACCCAAGUAGGUGUGAGAGACAAGAUAUUCCAAGCAUGGUCUGACACCCAAGAAGACACCAUACCUCCCCUGCGGUAUUAAGAUAAUACUGGGAUUAUAUAUUGUAAAUUUCUGACUUAUUUAUUUUCUAAAAAAAAAAAGAAAUAAACCAUUGCAUUUCUUAAA